CCCACAUAGUGCCACAUGACUCAAAAGUUGUUUAUACAGUAUAAAAUACGGUCGUACAUCGUAUAAUUACCGAAAUACCCUUAUCAUUUUGCCCAUAAAUUCGAAGCUCCUACAAUGCAAUUCUUCCCUUUUCUCCUUCUCUUCACUCUCUCCAUUAGCAAAAAAAAAGCCGGUCAUUAUGAUGUCUACUGUACCGGCCUUUUCCUUUGCUGAACCGGGUUUUAUUAACCAGUUAUCCGAUUUCCAAACCGGAUUUACUCCUUGGGAUUUUGACUGCUCCGAUCUCUUUUCUGUGAUCAAGUCAUCUCUCGAACCGGUUAUACUGAGUCCUUGUUCUGGUGAAUCCGAAACCGGUUCCGUCAGAACUAAUACCGGUUUUCACGACAUAAAACCAGGUUCUGAUGAAUCUUGUAUCGGUUCCGUCAAAACAAACUCCGGUUCUGUCAAAACAAACUCCGGUUCUAUCAAAACAAAUUCCGGUUCUGAUGAUUCCGAAUGUUUUGACGGCGUACCAAGUCCUCAAUCCGAAGAAUUAAACCCGGAAAACACGAUAAUCCGGAUAAAAGCCACAGACCAUAACCGGAAGAAAUUGAACCGGCCGGUUUCGCAGACAACCGACGACCGUAAGAGGAAGCGGAUGGAAUCAAACCGAGAAUCAGCGAAGCGGUCGAGGAUGCGUAAACAGAGACACAUUGAGAAUUUAAAAGAUGAAGUAAACCGUCUUGGUUUAGAAAACCGGGAGCUCAAAAACCGGUUCCGAAUCUUUUUGUACCACAUCGAACAGAUUAGUACGUACAACAAUCGGCUCUUGUCGGAACAAGAAAUUCUCAGACGAAGAUUCUCGGAGAUGAGACAGAUUCUGAUUCUCAGACAGCUCCAGAAUCAGCAAUAGUGGAGACGCGAUCAUCAAAUGAUAUGAAAAAAUUAGAAGAAAAAAAAAUUCAGAUCAAAGCGAAGUAUUUCUUUCCCUCUUUUGAUCUAUCCUCUCUCUCUCUGUGUAAAUGAAAAAGAGUGUUACUUAGAUAAUGGAUUUAGUUUUGUUGUUGUUGCCUA